UGGACGGUUCUUCUCCUUCAUGUUCUGCUUCGAUCUGCGCCCUCCUCAAUUUCAAGAAAUAAUCUUCUUCUUCACACAAAAAUAAACAAACAAAACCCAUUUUAAUUAUCUGGGUGAAGAGAAGGAUUUAAUUUAACUACAUUCCAAGUUGUUGAUAUGGUAGUUCUUCCAGAAGAGUGAGUUCAUGGGUUGAACAAGAAUAGAAUAAUAAUGGAUAGCUUCAGUGAAGAUGAAGAAUGUCCAUUCUUUGAUGCAAUAUCAGAUGGUACUGACACCCCUGAAGCUAAUUCAAGUCCUAAUAAGGAUGUGGUCUUCAAUGACUUUGGGUAUCAAGUUUGGAUUCGGAGUCCCCCUAGUGUUCAUGAGCGUAGGAUUAAUUUUAUGAAGUGGAUGGGACUCAAUAAGGAUCAAGUUACUCUCGAGAAUUCGGUAGAUGUUGAUGGUAUGGAAGGGGAUAUAGAUAUGAUGGAAGAUAGUAGUCCGAGUGUAACAACAAGUUCUUGUUUCAAGGAGGAGUUUUGUUCGAAUCAGCCUUCGGUAUCUUGUUUGUCAAGGAUGGAUUCUUCAGAGGAGUUUAAUUUGGUGGAGAACAUGCCGUGCCGAGAUGGGAGAUUGGAGAGUGGAGUGAGGUGGAAUCUGGAUCCGGUGGGGCUAUACAGGGAGAGGAAUGAUGGUGGAAGAAAUGCAGGCUCGGAUCAGCGAGAUGUAGCCGAGGAAUGCGAAGAUUCUGAGUACUUCUUUUGUGUUUCUAAGAAUUUCCAGCAUGGGAAGAUAUGUAAGGAGUCUAAGGACAUAGAUGCCUUGAAGCAGAGGUCCAAGAGGAACAAUAAGGGUUGGUUCAAAAGAUUUGGUUCAAUGAGUUGCAUGGUUGAUAGGCAAGGGGAAUCUGAUAGCAGAAGACACUAUGGCGGAUGUGUGUUCUCAGGGUCAAAGAGGAUUCAGAAGGUUAAGGUCCGGCAAUGCCGGAAGCAAACAAAGGAACUUUCAGCUCUUUACAUGGGCCAAGAUAUUCAAGCACAUAGAGGCUCAAUCUUGACCAUGAAAUUCAGCCCUGACGGCCGGUUUCUUGCCAGUGCCGGCGAAGAUGGCAUUGUGAGAUUGUGGAAAGUGGUUGAGGACGAGACAUGUAAUGAAGUUGACAUUCCAGAAGUUGAUCCAUCCUGCAUUUACUUUACAGUGAAUAAUCUAUCUGAAUUAACACCUUUAUUUCUGGAGAAGGAGAAAUUGAGCAAAGUGAAAGGCCUGAAUAAAACAUCCGAUUCGGCUUGCAUUAUUUUCCCUCCCAAGGUCUUUCGGCUGUUGGAGAAACCAUUGCAUGAGUUCCAUGGUCAUGAAGGUGAAAUUCUGGAUCUCUCUUGGUCAACCAAUAAUUGUCUGCUGUCAUCUUCAGUUGACAAAACUGUCCGUCUAUGGCAAGUGGGACACGACUUCUGCUUGAAAGUUUUUCCACAUAGUAACUAUGUGACAUGCAUACAAUUCAAUCCUGUGGAUGAUAAUUAUUUCAUCAGUGGAUCUAUCGAUGGAAAAGUUCGCAUCUGGGAAGUUCCUGAUUGUCAUGUUGUUGAUUGGACUGAUAUCCGGGAAAUUGUGACUGCAGUUUGUUAUCGGCCGAAUGGUCAGGGAGGGAUUAUUGGGUCCAUGACAGGCAAUUGCCGGUUUUACACUCUAUCAGAGAAUCACUUACAGUUAGAUUCCCAGUUAUGCUUGCUUGGUAAAAAGAAACUUCCUUGCAGAGGAAUAACUGGUUUUCAGUUUCUUCCACAAGAUUCUAACAAAGUUAUGGUUACUUGUGCUGAUUCAAAAGUCAGAAUCCUUGAUGGGCUUAAUGUGGUUAGUAAAUACGAAGGCCUUAGUGCAGCGGGACAAAUGUCUGCGUCUGUUACUUCGGAUGGGAAGCAUAUUUUGUCGGCAUGCGAAGACUCUAAUGUAUAUCUGUGGAAUGUUUCUGACAAUGAGUCUAGCUCCACGAAAGCGAAGAAGAUUAAGUCCUGCGAGCGAUUCUUUUCGAAUGCAUCGGUCGCAGUACCUUGGUGUGGUUUUGAAAGUGCUCGCCAAUUAGAUUUCUUCGCCAAGGGGUCACCACAAGCAAUGUGUCUCAACCCUGCCGCUUCAUUUUCUCUAAGUCGAGAUAUCUCCUCGGAGUCUCUUCCCAAGGGAUCUGCGACUUGGCCUGAGGAGAAGCUUCCUAUUUCAACCCCCAAGGCUAAAAUAUCAUCAAUUCAUAAAUCCGCAUACAAGUUCUUGAAAUCUUCUUGCAAGUGCACAUCCAAUUGUCACGCAUGGGGUCUGGUUAUUUUGACAGCCGGCUGGGAUGGCCGGAUAAAAUCGUUCCACAAUUACGGGUUGCCAGUACUAGUUUAAGUCGAAACCACUCUUCCUAUAUUGAAUGACAUAAUCACGAUUCCAUGGCCUUGCUCGGGCAAAUUUUAAUUACAUGCUGCUGAAGUUCUUGGAGACACAGUGAUGUAACAGCAGCAUCAGUAACUGUGCAGGUUGAGGUCAGACCUAACCCGUUUCAGGGGGCCCCGUUUCGGAUUUCAGGUGAUUCAGAUCACAUAUCGGUUGCUGACAUGUGGCGGCAUUAAUGUGAUUCAAAGUUCUGAUAUAAUCCUGGUAGAAAAAUCCACAAGUGGACAUGUUUUGCUUGUCUUGACACUCAAUCUUGAUUUGCCUUUUCUUGCACAAGAAUAAGGUGGCCCUCAAGAAAGAUGCAAAGUCAUGUUUUAGGACUUGGAAUAGGGCCUAUGAGAUAUUAUCAACUAUCAUCUUCAUCAUCAUCAUAACGCAUUGAUUGAGUGAGUGGGACCUUUGGAAAAUGCUCUUCUUUUUCUUGAAUCGGAUCAUGGGGAGAGAGAUUGAUUCAAGAGCUGGUGGCUGGAGUUUGUUACUCAAGAUAGAAAUGGUGGUGAGGGGAUGCUUUUCGGUUUCAUCAUUGGCCGCAAUAACUAAUUAAAAAUCUCCUUGUCUGCCAAUCAUGCUAUCAAGCUCGUGGUAGGGGCCAUGAAAGCUUAUGGUUGGAAUUGAUAUGAAGAUGAUGAUGAUGAUUGGGACAGUCAUUUUGUGAUUCUUGAAGAUGUUCCUUUUAUUUUUUGGAUGAUGAUGUUACUUCACAUUCCACAAAUACAAACUAGUCUUAGUCUAUAGCUCACUGCACUCAUAUUUAUGCUAACAAUGUCAUUGACUCAUAGCUCACAUAAAUUUUGAUUAGUUGAGAAAUUACAACAUCUUAUAUCCUCACUAAUUUAAUUUUCUACUCUUGAUCAUUUGUGCCCAGAUUUCUAAAUUUUGUAAUUUACUUGUGUA